AUGCCUCCAGUUGUCUUGACUCCGGUGACUGACGCUGUCGUCCUCAACGUCACAGACGCAGACCUCUACCUCCAUUUUCUCAACCAUACGUGCAAAGCUGCCCCACGCUGGCAAAAAGAGCGGCUCGUCUUACAGGUUGGAAUAGCUAAACUGGCGCUCGAGAGCGACCUCGUUUCACACUCUGUCCUGGCCCUGUCUGCUGCCUGUCUGUGCUGCGAUACCAUCUCCAGCGGAAGCGCCGACCCCGAAAGAAUCCGUCAAAUCCUAGACCUUGGCUUGCAGCAUCACACUCUGGCUCUCGAACAGAUGCGGACCAUGACAUCACGCCCGAGGGAGUCGGAUACCCAGCCUUUACUAGCCAGUGCGCUGAUGCUGGUACCGUUUGCACUUGCAUUUCAACACAUUCAGCACCGAGUGCUCCUCGCCAAGGGAUUAUUGCAGGACACCGACCUUCUUACACCUCGAGAUACGAUCCUGUUACUAAGAGGUAUACGAACAACCAUUGUUGCGUUAAAUUCGACCCGAGUAGAAAGCAGAAGCCCAACGUUCCAAACGCCGUGGGACACUAUGUUUUCAUCCCAGGUUGCGGAUCACCCGGACUUCGCAACCAUUCCCGAGCGCUCUCAUACCAUGUUUCCCUUUCUGGCCGCGACAUUUCACCAGGCUCUGUCGCACCUCCGAUGCAGGAUCGAGAGCGCCCUUGCUACGCCUCAAGCAGAUGAUGACCACACAGCCUCGACAUUCGACGCCUACGAGAUCCUGAAUGGUAUAAUGACCAGUACGUUCUCGGACUCCCAGAGUAUCGAGAUUUCGUUGGAAUGUGUAACCUAUCCAAAGUUCUCCGUUGCUCCCGACAGUCUCCUAGCGCAGGCGCCCGGUUGGCUGCAAAACUUCAUCCUGCGGCGCCCACGGCCCACGCACACGGAGCCCCUGGCCAGGUCGUUCUUGGCCUUCUUCUCCGGCGCCCCCCAGACCUAUGUCGACCUGCUCCUUCCCCUUCUCGAUCCCCGGACACCAGAGAAUGCAUCAGCAGAUGAUGACCGCGAGCUCACCACCGCCGAAGUCCUUGCCUUGGACGUCUACGCCCAUUGGCUGGUCCUGAUGCUCCUGAUGGAGAAUGAGGAGUGGUGGGUGGGCGAGUUUCCGUUCGUGGCACUCCAAGGCCUGAUUGCCAGAUACGGUGCCGGGUUCCUGGGCACUUCUUUGGUCCAGCACCAGUGGUGGCCGGCAAGUAUGUUGGAAGUUGCCACGCGCUUGAAACAGUGGAAGUAG